AUGGAGAUCGAUCCCCGCAAGUUCUCUGGACCAACUUUCGAAGCAUUGGUUGAGUUUUCAAAGAGGAAUGACGACUCCUUGUUAAAUGCGGUAUCAAAUCGAACACCAGCGGAACUGGCUGCAAUUGUAAUUGGUAUACCUGUAUUUGAAGUGUAUGCGGACCUCCCUGAAUGUGAAAUGCUGCUGGAAGCAAUGGAGAGAUUGAAGCGAAAACAGAAAAGGGAUAUCGCAAGAAUUACAUGGUGGAUGAAUAAACACCUACCAACAAUAAAGUAA